AAUCCAAUACCUGAUUGCUGGCAGUAGUAGUUCUGUCAAACUCGAAACUCCAUGACGAAGCCGCUAACGUUGACAAUGACGCACAGAUCGAACUUUGGUCGCAGUCUGUUGAUGCUAAUCUGCCUGCUCUUGCUGGGUGCAAGCCGCAGCGAGCUCAUCGAUGCCAACGAUGAGGAUGUGGAUCGCUUUUGCUAUCCGGCUGCAUUUAAGAAUACUCGCCGCAGCUGCGAGUGCAGCAAUGUGAGUGCCUCGCCUUGGGGCAUGCGAGCUCUGCACAUCGAUUGCAGCUACAAGGACUUCAAGGCGGACGAUUUGACAGAGCUGCUGCCGUUCUACAUUGAUACGUUGGAUCUGUCGUGGAACAAGCUGAAUCGUGCGCCCGCCUUGAACAGCGAUAGCCUGCGCUUGCUCAACUUGAUGCACAACAACAUUAGCAGCAUCGCCUCGAGCAAUUUCGCUCGCGUUUUCAGCCUAAAGGAGCUGUACCUGGGCUGGAACAGCAUCCAGCUGCUGGAGCCGCAAGCUUUCGCAGGCUUGCCACAUUUGCAGGUCUUGAAUUUGGCUCACAACAAUCUGCACGCGCUGCCCGGCCAGAUCUUUGCACCGCUGCUGGUGCUCCAGACGCUGGAGCUCUCCUGGAACCGGCAGCUCAAUCAAACCAAUGGCGUCGAGCUCUACAGCAGCUAUGACAUCAAUCCGAAACUGAACACAUUGCGUCUGGAUGCGUGCGGCUUGAGUGAGUUGAAGCUGCCAAUUGAGGCGCCUUUGCGUGAGCUUUCGCUGCGUCGCAAUCUCUUCGUGCGUGUGCCCAGCCAGCUGCCCAGGCAGCUGGAGCGCCUGGAUAUAAGCGAGAAUCUGUUGGAGCAUCUGCUGCCGGUGGACACGGCCCGUCUUAGCCAGCUGCAGCAGCUCUAUGUGGAGGACAUGCCACUGCUGCAGAGCAUAGCAGCGCAUGCAUUCGCCCAGCUGCAGCACGUGGAGGAAAUGAGCUUCCAGAACAGUCGUCGUCUCAGCUGGCUGGAUGGGGAGGCCUUCGUGCCGCUCGAUGGCAACUUGACGCUGCCUCCGUUACGCACGCUCAGUUUUCGUGGCACUAUGUUGCGUAAUUUUAAUGUCACUUUGUCACCGGUUUUUAGGCAACUUACCCAGCUGGAUCUCAAUGGUGUGCCGCUUCACUGUGACUGCCAGCUAGUCUGGCUAAAGGAUCUAGCCAUCCAAACGAAUGGGCGCUGCCUGCGGCCGGCCAGAGUCAGGGGCUUGCUCAUCUCCUCGGUGCGUCGCGAUGAGUUCAGCUGCGAAAGGUGGCCCAGAUGGGCAUACGGCAUGAUUAUUCUCGCUCUCAUCGCACUUUGCUCCGCGGGCGUUUAUCUAAUUGUGAUGGGACUGCGACCACAUCGAGGUGUCACCAUGCGCCGCAAGGUGGGCGCCGGCAGUCCCUAUGCUCGUGUCACCAUCGAACCCAAUCGCCAGGAGAACUUUCACUAAAAUCCAAGCAACUUUCUGCCUAGACUAAGCUCCAACUAAAUAACUUAAGUCUGUGUUACAUUUUUUCUACAUAUAUAUAAAGUUUAAUAACUAAAUGUUUGUCUAGACUUAGUAUUUUCUAUGGAAACAGGUGUUUAAUCUUUGAUUGAUGCGUGGGCUGUUCCAGAAGUUUGCUGAACUGACGAACCUUAACAUUAACAGUAACGGUGUUAACAUUGGCAAGUGACGCUCUGCUUAACAUUCAAUGAUUCUGUUAAAUAACAGCGCUGGAAAUAACAUCUUAAUUCAAAUAACCAUAUUCUGCUAACAGUAUAAAAUAUCAGAGUCUUUAACAUUUGAGAUCUAUGUUAACUAAUAGUACCACUUAAUGUUAUUAGAUCUAAGCCUAACUGUCUGUUACAAUUGUUUGCAAUGUUAAAUAACAGCCUCUGUAUCAUGGUCUGUUAAUAACGUUAUGAAGCUGCAGUGUCUAACUUACAAUAUCUAUGUUAACUAACAGUACCAAUUGCUCUCCUUCAAUAUAUAGACAUAACUAUAUUAACAUUAAUUUCAUGUAGUCUACUGAACUUGUUUCACUGUAACAUUAGUUAACUAUGUUAAUUAACAGCAGCCAAAUUAG